AACUGCAGUGAAAACGCAGCCGGACCUGGAGACGGAUUCGGUCCUGACGACCUGUAGCAACACUUCAAGUGAAGAUGCCAGAUGCUGAGAAGCUCCGGUCAUGUUUGCUGCUUUCAGCUUUAGUUCUCCACGUCGGGGGCGCGGCGGAGGUGUCUGUGUGGAGCGUGAGCAUCAACUCGACACAAGAUGCAGUGUUUCGAAAGACGCUGUACGCCAACACCACUGUAUUUAUGAGGUUUCAGAACGAUUUGGGGACAUGUGACAGGAACCUGGCCUUUAACAUCAGCUGGUACCUGCGCUCCUCUGUUUGUUACAAUGAGGUCUUCAAUACCCCCGACAACAAAGCGAUGAACAUGUUUGGCAUGGACCACAUGUUGAAAGACGGAUGGAGUGGCUUCUACAGUCACGGCUACGUGUACUUCGAAAACUGCUCCGCCCUCUUUAUGCCAAAGGUUUAUUUUACAGAUUUUAACCCUCAUCAGCCACUGUCGAGCCCAAAGAGUGACCCAUCAAAUCUGACUCUUUCUUGGCCUGACAAGCCGGAUAUUGGUGCAGUUGCCAAAGCUUGGGAAGAUGGUCCCUAUCUGUUUAUAGUGAAGGUGCAGACUUUGUUUCAUGGAGUUGAAGUUGAAGAUAUUGCAGAUGAGCAGCUCAGUUUUGCUUUCACAAUGAAAGUAGAGAUGAAAGGACCCCAUGACUACUCCUCCCCAGCAGACUGGCCUCUAAUGAUAUUCUUCAUGGUCAUGUGCAUCGUGUAUGUGCUGUUUGGGGCGCUGUGGCUCUUCUGGUGUGCCUGUUACUGGAGGGAUCUGCUGCGGAUCCAGUUCUGGAUCGGGGCUGUCAUCAUCCUCGGCAUGCUGGAGAAGGCGGUGUUCUAUUCUGAAUACCAGAGCAUCCGUUACAAAGGAGACUAUGUUCUUGGUGCUGUGAUUUUUGCCGAGCUGCUUUCUGCACUCAAAAGAUCCCUGGCUCGAAUCCUGGUCCUUAUCGUCAGUCUUGGCUAUGGCAUUGUCAAGCCAAGGCUGGGAACCACAGUUCAUCGUCUGGUAGCUGUUGGGCUUCUUUAUCUUCUCUUCUCCUCUGUGGACGGUGUCCUGAGAGUGACAGGGGGUUUCUAUGGCACGGUCGCACUUGUGGCUAAUCUUAGCCUCUCCCUCAUUGACUCUUGUGUCAUGUGGUGGAUUUUCAUCAGCCUCUCGCAAACGACUCGUCUCCUGAAGCUCCGCAGAAAUGUGGUUAAGCUCUCGUUAUAUCAGCACUUCACCAACACACUCAUCUUUUUUGUUGUCGCUUCCAUCAUAUUUAUCAUCUGGACCACCAAAGUCUUCAGGCUGGUUGACUGUCAGAGGAGUUGGCGGGACUUGUGGGUGGACGAUGCUUUCUGGCGUCUCCUGUUUUCUACUAUUCUGCUGGUCAUCAUGGUGCUGCUGCGGCCCUCUGCUAACAGCCAGAGGUUCUCUCACUCUCCUCUUAUUGAUGAAGAUGAUGAAGAAGAUGAAGCUAAAGAACCCAUGAUGAAUGAAGCUUUUGAAGGAAUGAAGAUGAGAGGCUCAAAGCCUGACAAUAAUGGUUCCCAAAAACUGUUGAGUAAAGAGGAUGAGGAUAUGAAAUGGGUUGAGGAAAACAUUCCUACAUCUGUUGCUGAUGUAGCUCUUCCAGUAAUGCUCGAUGAAGAAGAGGAAAUCUUGAAAACCAAGAUGGAGAGAUCCAAAAUGGAGUAGAUGUAAAUACAAAAUUUUAAAAUAAAAAAAGUUGGGUCACUGAGGCAGCAAUGAAUGCACUCUGAAUAAUAUGAGUAACUAAAAUGAUUAAAAAAGGUAAAUGUUUUUGUAUAAAAGUGUCAAAUUGUGUAACACUGCAAUGAACUC